GUCGUGGUUCAAAGAUAAAUAGUAACACAUACAAAACAAAGACUGUUACACGCGUUUCUAUAAAGUGCGUUGCCUAAUAUCGCAUUUUGUGUUUUUUUUAUUUUUAAAUAUAGAGUUUUUGUUUUGAAAUAAACCAAAAGUAAAAAUAAGCAUAAAAUGUUGGACGAUGAUUUUUUCGAAUUGGACGAAGAUCUACUUAACAUAACCGAUUUUAAUAAAAAAGUUGAAGAAACAGUGAACUAUGAAGAGGAUAUUAGUCAAUGUGUACGCUUCCUUAAUUGUACCGGCGAUGAUCAAUUAACGAAGCAUACAUUUCAUGAGCAAGGUUUUAUCGCAAAUGAUGAAAUAAAAUUGAUCGAAAGCAAUUUCAAAAAGUUUCACAAUCAAAAAUUAUUCGAUUUGGAAUUUUCGGAAGAUGUUUUAACCGAUCCAACAAUCCUACAGGAUUUACUUGGCAAAGCGAGGAUGAAUGUACAAACGUUAAUCGUGUCAUCGAGAGAGAAUAGUACGUUUGUUACGAAAAAAAGUUAUUUUUUAAUGCGACAACAAACCUCAACAUUUCUCUUUCAACUGCGUCAUUUGUUAUUCACUGGCCGAAUUAAGCAUAAUAUCGUUGAAGAUUUAUUACGGCCCUUUGCACUAUAUUUAGAGCAACUGAAUGCGCUCCCAAUCGUCGAUGUAUUGCAUACCAUUUACAGCACACUGGGAAAUGAAUCAACCUCUCCAGCGUAUCAUUUAUUACAUGGACACAUCGAAUGGCGUUGGAUUUAUUUGACUAUUUGUUUACGCAUCGAACAAGAUAAAUUGCAUCAAAAUCUAAUGAUCACCGAGAAUACGCUUCGAAAUACGGAAUUUGAAGAGAAACUUCAAUUGCUCCUAUACGAUUUAAUGCUCAUUUCGGCAGCAAAAUUCAACAAAUUACAUACUACAGAGUUACCACUAAAAAGCCCAUUUACAUGCACGUGUAUGAAAGAAAUAUGGUUACUGGUGCAAUUACUGAUUGAGCGGCUCCAUGAAAACGGUCGACAGUUGAAUUCGUUUUGGCAUUACUUUGAAACAGCGUUAAACUUACAUCGUGAACGAAAAAGUCCAUACGCUGUAAUGAAGCAACCGAGCAUUUCACGUGAAUUGAACACACUUUUUCUGAAUGAUUCAACCGUUUUUCCAUUGUGGCUAUUGAAUGGUGUUGCUGUAUUACAUGGUUUUUCAGAGAAUGGCAUUUUUCAUGGACCAAGCAGUUUACGUGUACGAGAAAAUUCAGAUUUUCUUGAAUCGGUGUUGAAAGCAUUUGUUUUGGCCGAACCAAGUGAACAACAUUUACGCGUUGCACUUUUAAUCGUCAAUUCAUUGAUCAAUUGGUGGCCACACAAAUCCGAAUUGAUUAUGACAUUUUGGGAAUAUUUUCAUAAAAAAUUAAAUUCAUCGUUUUAUCUGAAUGGAACAACACCGGCUGCUUUGGCGGUCAUCGGAAAAACUGCCACGGAAUAUUUGGAGCAAGUACAAAAAUUGAUAAAUAAUGAAAAUAUCACGGCAGACAUGAGCAGUUAUACAAUUUUUAUGAAUUUGAUGAGUGAAGUACUGAAACGUUUAGUUCAACAGGAAUCCAGAAAUCAAAUUAUGAAAAUUAUUGGACGAAUUUUCAUUAAAUUCGGAGAAUCAAAGCUAUACGCACUGACUGAAGUUGGUAUUCAUAAUUUACUUACAUUGUUUUUGAUUUUGGCAUCAGUCGUUGGAGUUAAAGAAAUUGGACAACGUUUAUACUCGAUCGUACUGCAACUGAGAUUGGAAAAAUUAUCGGCACCGCGUCAAUGUUGUGUGAUGAAAGGUCAUAUGGCACUUUUAAUUUUAUAUUCAAAUCAAGAGAUGAAUAUGCAAAACUAUGUGAACCGUCUUCUAGAACAAGUCAAUAAAUUGAAUUCAGACGAAAAUAAAUUGCCCGUUCUUCGUAUCAUGAUCGAUGGAUUAGAACGUAUUUAUAAGAAAUCCGAUAUUUUUGCAAUGGACGAAUACAUGCUAUUUGAUUCAUGGAUCAUCGAAUAUUUAUCACGGUGUUCACAAUCUGAACAAGAAAAAUGUCUGCAAUUCAUCAAUAAGAUGUUUGUACGGAUGAUGGAACAUAAACUACAAUACUCCGAACAACAUGAGAAAGUGAUAAAUAUCUUGUACAGAAAUAUUUUGCCAUUUGUGAAACAAAUCUAUCGUCAGAGUAAAGUAUAUGGUGGUGUACCGGAUAUUGCAGCAACAUUUUGCAUUCAUGCCAAUGGUAACAAUGGUUUGGCUAAUUUUCAAGAUCUCUUCAAUCAUUUUACCGAAGCCAAUUGCUGUGAUAUUCAGACAACUACCAAAUUUCUAGUGAACAUAUUGACUGAUGAGUUUAUUGAUAGAAUCGAACAAAUCACAAUUCUACGAUUAUGGAUAAAAUGCUCAAUCCUGUCACAAAAUCAAAAUGAGGAUGUACGUCAGUUGACUAAAAUUGUGUGUACUCUAUCGAGUUUUAAAUUGUUGUGUAAAGCCACCGAAACGGAACUGUUGAGUGCCAAAGAGCCAUUGAACAUAUUCUUUGCACAUUGUGGUGAAUCUUAUACAGAUGCCGAUACACAAGAUUCAACGAAAAAAGAAAUUGCUAGUCAUGUACAAGCAAUUUUAACUGGCUUCGAAAAAUGGGUGCCAAUGUCGGAAUCACCUCCGAUUAUUAACAAAAUACAUAUCGCUAUUGGAUUAAUCAUUUUGUAUUGUUCGCCAAUUGUUUAUGUUCGGUCAAAGCCGACAUGUUUCUUUUCUGUGAUAAUGGACCAUUAUAUAUUGCCGUUGCCGUUGUUGAUGGGAAAACCCCAGAAAAUCAUUUCCAUUCAAGCUGUCCACAAAGUAUGGCAUUUGAUUGUUGGUGGCAUUGAAAAAUUGGACUAUAAAUCAGAUGCUCAACUAGAAAAAGUAUUAACCGAUUUAAUUGUUAAAUGGAUACCACAAUUUCGACUGCAUCCAAAUCAACGAGCAAUUUCAAAGCCGUUUGUGAUAUCUGCUCGUCAAUUUAAAUCAUCGACCUUACAAUUCAUCCUAGAAAAAAUGAUCAAUAAUUUUUUGUCGGCACAACGACGCGAGAUUCAUCAAAAUGCACCAAUCGUUGUCAAUAUUUUAAGUGAAAUCUUGGGCGAUGCAUCCAAUGAAACUGAAAUUGUUCGUGUAUUAUUGAAUACCACAAUUAUCACAUUAUAUGAACAUGCAAUGAUGGUAGAUGAAAAUCUACCGAGUCGAACAAUGAUUUUUGACUUUUUUGGUGCGUUAUUCAAAUCGCCAGCCUAUCUCUCUUCACUGGAAAUUCGAACAAUUGUUACAUCGAAUCUCAAGACAUUAACGACCAAGAAUCUUUCAUACUAUGCAACGUUUUUCUUUCAAUUCAUGCAAAAAUUGGCCCGAAUCAAUUCAAGAUGUGUAGCUGAGGUAUUGCCCCAUAUUAAAGAACAAGUUGAGCAUGUGGAAAAUCUGCGACAGGCCGGAAUGGAUGCUAGGCUAAGAAACUUACUGAGACAGCUGGAAGAUGUUGUGAGACCAAGAUAAAUCGAGUUCAAUUUUUAUAAAAAAAAAUUGGAAAUUUUUGAGACUAUAUAUAUUUGAUUUAAUGU